AUGGCCCUUUCCAAAGAAUAUACCAGUGAACAGCUGAAUUUUUUCAGAGUUUGUUAUGUAACUACUGAUGUUCUAGCCGACGGUCUAAGAGAAAUAUUUAAACAAGAAUGGGACAAACUGUACAAAACAACAAAAGGAGAAUGGAAAGAUGAUUAUCGAAGUGGAACAGACUUUUAUAACGGUGAGUCUCCUGGAAAUCAAAGAAGAAACGCUCAUCUUUUGGCAACUAUGAAAAACGGAAACAGAAGGGAAUGGGAUUGUACAAUGCUGUUCUACGCCAUCCUUUACUCUGACUCUAUCGGGCCCCACCUUGCCCCAACAGUAACAAAAGGUGUAUAUGAUCUAAGAAAUUUCAGAAACGCACAAGCUCACACAACUCAAGGACGUCUCUCUUACAUGGAUUUUCAAAAUGCCAUUGGCAAAGUUGAUGUUGCGUUUCAAGCUCUUGGUCUCACUACUGAAAAAAUUCAAGGGAUUAAAAAUCAGGCAACGUUCCCAACGGAACAAUUACUAAAGACCUUGACGGACCUCCAAGAAAAAGAAAAUCAGCGACAGGUCCUUGCAGACCAGCUGCAUAAAGAAGUGCCUUUAUUCUGCAUUCUCCCUCCUAAACCUGCACACGACAUUGGGAGUCGCGAUCGCGAGGUAGCAAAAAUAGCCCAACAGCUAAAGGAAUUAAAGAAGGCCAAUUACAACCGAUUGAGUUAUUCAUACAUCUCAGGAAAUCCUGGUAGUGGCAAAUCCCAGUUAGCUGGCCUCGUAGCUCAAAGAUUUUUUCAUGACCAAGUCAAGGAAAUGCCAGACGCUUCUUCAUUUGUGAUGACCUUAAACGCUGCUAGCCCAGAUUCCCUUCUGGAGUCGUAUACUAACUUUGCUCGUCAAUUAAAGUGCCCAGAUUAUUCAGUAAUGCAAAUCCUGAGUUCAAAGGAAUGGUCAAUUGACAACAAGAUCGCCAAUCUUAAGAUGCUUAUUGGGGCAAAAAUUAGUCAUUACACGUCGUGGCUAAUAGUAGUGGACAAUGUCACUACCCUUUCGUCUGUGCAUGUUCACCUACCCCAGUCGGGAAACGAGGCGUGGGCAAGGGGUCAAUUGUUGAUAACUACGCAGGAUACAACGUCAAUCCCCUUAGAAAGCUCUUUAGUUAAUCACAUCUCCGUUAGCAAAGGUAUGGAGCCCGACGAUGCCAGUUGUUUAUUGACCAAGCUUUCUGGUAUCGCUGAUGUUGAGCUAGGGUUAGAGGUGGCGCGAAAACUGGAUUAUCAGCCUCUUGCCUUAGCAGGCGCUGCCGUUUUUGUCAAAAGCAUUCGACAGGACAAAAUAAAAAGGCAUUUUGGCUGGGACGAAUACCUGAAGCUAUUAGAGAAAGGCAAACGAGAAACGACAGAGCAUACCCUUGCUGAUAAAAACUCUGCUUAUCCUAAUACAAUGACCAAA